UGUUGACAACCUUCACUGUCGCACAUUUUUGUUUACAAUUUUGCUGUUUUCACUCCAAAAUGUCCACAAAUUGCAUAAAUUGUAAUGAAAUUACUAAAAAAUAUAAAUGUCCAAAGUGCCUGGAACCUUAUUGUUCUCUAAACUGCUUCAAAGAACAUCAAAAGUCUGAGUGUAAACCUCUGACGAAAGUUCCCGAUAAAUCGGACGACGACAAUGAUCCAACUAUAUUCCCACCUUUCAAAACAGAAGACACAGUAAAUCCUGCGAAAUUAGAACUACUAAGAACCUGCGAACCACUCAAACAACUUCUCUACAAUCCUCAUCUACGGAGUUUGCUGCAGGAAAUCGACGUUGCUCAAAAUGCUUGGAAUGCAAUGCGUGUUGCUAUGCAAGAGCCACUCUUUGUGGAGUUCGCUGAUGAAUGUUUAAAAGUUAUAGAACCACCAACAGAGGAUGACUUCUAAGAGAAGUCCAACAGACAACCAAAGAAACGAAAAAAACAACAACACUCCCUUUGAUUAUACAAAACCUCUCUUUUUUAUAUCGCAAAUAUACAAUAGUAAAGUCUUGGCGAACGAACUUACGAACUAAAGAAAAAAUAAAAUUAUGUACAUUAAUCCUA